AUCAGCUUGAGCCUCCACCCCACCCCCCGGUCCGAUAACAGCCGCCGAAGGGUAUCUCUGUCUUGCAGAGGCCAGCUUGUGUGUGUUGAUGAUGGCAAACCUGUACCCACCAAAGAUCAGCCCGACCCUGAUGACCCCGGACCCUCACUACAUCCCCGGAUAUGCUGGUUAUUGUCCUCAGUACAAGUACCAUCUCGGACAAAGCUAUGGCAAGUUAACAUCUAAACUACUCACAAAUCCUGCACUAAGACAUUCUGGGCAAUUGCUUCUCCAGCCAAACCUGUAUAGAGAAACCAACUAUAACAUGGAAACCAAGCAAAAUCAAAAUCUACUUCAAAGUUAUAAAGCCAGCAGGAAGGCACAAAAACUGACCGACUCAGUGAUUUCUGGAUACACAGGUUUUAUUCCCAGAAGUAAAGGGUAUUUUUCAAAAACCUUCACUGAAACCUGCACGGAUGCAGUUGCAGAGUUUGAAAGGGAACAGCUUAAAGCUGCAUCAAAGAAACAAGAAAUGGAACUGAUUAAUGCAUUGCAGACGGGAAAAACUGCAGGGAUGACUGAGCAGGAGAAGAGACUUCGAACAGUCAAGUAUAGAACACCUUUUACUACAAUUACCAGCAAUCCCAUACUUUAUGAUUCAUCAUGUUCUCAUAAAGUACUGACCUCUCCGUACUUAAUGGAAAAUGAAGACCCUGAUAAACGUUUUAUGUCUGGGUACAAAGGAUAUGUACCUCGUGCCCGAUUUCUGCUUGGCUCCGGGUACCCUGCCAUCACAAACUGUGCUUUGAUCGAAUUCAACCAAAUGCUUAAUAAAUCAAAACCUACCUUAAACUCUGUGAAACAGAAUGAAAUAUUUCCAGGGAUCUAUCCCUCAAAACUUGGAAUGCUGCCUCAGUAUACAGGCCAUGUACCAGGAUAUAAAUAUCAAUUUGGUCACACUUUUGGUCACCUUACCCAGGAUGCACUGGGACUGAGCACCAUUCAGAAACAAAUGGUGGUUUGAAAACCUAAUGGAGCAAAUCUCGUAACUGUGAUCAACAUUCAGAAAAUAAACUGUAUGUUUUGCUUUACAAGCUGCAAACAUAUAACUUGAGCAUUGACAGCAUAGAGGGAGUAAAGUUAGCCAGCAUUCUUGCUUCUGAACAUAUCCAAUUAUUUUUUAUUUAGAGGUCUAGCAUGGAAACGGGUCCUUCUGAUCCAACGAUGCCACGCUGUCCAAUUACACCCAUGUGGCCAAUUAACCUAAUGACCCAUACAUCCAUGGAAUGUGUGAGGAAACUGGAGCAUCCAUGUGUUAAAGAGGAGAAUGUGCAAUCUCCUUACAGACAGCAGCGGAAUUGAUCUGCGGCACGCACAUUACUGAGAAAUCUGUAAUGUGUUUCACAGUUGAACUAGCUGCUAAUAUAUAUUGUCAAAAUUCAUCCUUUAAGAAUAGGGUUAUUGCACAUCUCUGCAUCUCAGCUCUCUGGUUGCCACUUUGGAUGGGAAAAUAGGGAAAAACAGGUCUGCUGUCAAAUUGAGAGGCUCAACAACAUAGAAAGCACCCAAAAUGUCGAUUUCCCUACUACAGUUUAUCUAAAUGAAGCAGAGUAGAAGCCUCAACCCUUCAAGCCUGUGGCAUCAUCACUGACCUGCUGUACUCCAUUUACCUUCCAUCUGAUCCAUCAUCUUUGAUACCUUUCUUAGACAGGAGCGUUUCAAUUGACUUUGUAUUCAAAAUCUUCUGGGGCAGACAUUGGUAUUUUUAUUACCCUUUCAUGGUAAAAAGUGUUUCCGCUAUUGCUUAGCUAUUAUAUUAAGAUCUAGAAACUUAUUCUGUAUGUCAAGAUCUGGAUCUUAAUUCAGAAACUCCCACUGGAAAGGAAAUUGUAUCUUUUUCUUAAAUCCUUUUAACUUAAAGACCUCAUCAUAAUACUGCUUAAGUGCAGAUUCAAGAUAUUAUUCCAUGUACAAAAGUAAUAUUUUUUGGAAAGUUAUGUGAAAUUUCACAAAUGUACAUGGUUGGGCAAAGUGCAAUGUCAUUGCUUAAAAUAGUUUGUAUAUUGAACAUGCACCCAAGGAGUCAACAGCAUUAAGGCAAAAAUUUUAAAAACCUAAUUUGUACAAUUACUGUACAAGCCUAGUGUACAUUGCUAAUCUUCCUAAUCUUCUUCAGUCUUGUACCAUUUUGAAUCUGCUUUCCAGCACUUCAGAGCAGGGAUUCCCAGACCCACUGCAUAAUGGUAUUGGUUCAUGAUAUAAAAAGGGUUGGGAACCACAACUCUAGGGUAAAUCUCCUUUUGCCUAAAAAAAAAUUCCACUGCAGCCCAAAUGGAGCCUGAGCAAUACUUU